GAUCACAUUGCAUUAUAAAUUUAAACAACAAAUUUACUUGUUUAAGCUAUUUAGCACACUAUUUAUGUUGUUAUCAAGCAUUGCUUUUCUUUCAUGCAAAAAAUAUAGUGUCUAUUAGAGAACGACUAAUACAAUUAAAAUGUUACAAAAUUCGUUGCUAUUGCUGCUACUACUACCCAUUUUCUUUCUUCAUAUUUUUCCUUCACUAAUUCAGGGAUCAAAUCAACAUGAAAGAAAGCCGUAUAUUGUCUACAUGGGAGAACUACCAACUGCAACUGCAACAACAUAUACUACGGAACAACACCACCACAACAUGUUGGAGACUGCGAUUGGAGACAAGCAGUUAGCAAGAGAGUCCAAAAUACAUAGCUAUGGAAAGAGUUUUAAUGGAUUUGUUGCACGACUUUUGCCACAUGAAGCAGAGAAACUGCAAGGGGAGAAGAAUGUAGUAUCUGUGUUUCCAAAUACAUACCGUAGACUGCACACAACAAGGUCAUGGGAUUUCUUAGGAAUGCCCCUUAAAGUGAAGAGAAACCCCAACAUAGAAAGUCACAUCAUUGUGGGCGUAUUAGACACAGGUAUUUGGGUUGAUUGCCCCAGUUUCAAUGAUGAGGGGUUUGGACCACCCCCAAGUAGAUGGAAAGGCAAGUGUGUAAUGGGAGCUAACUUCACUGGCUGCAACAACAAGGUGAUCGGAGCAAAAUACUUCAACCUUGACCCAGAUGGUCCAACCAUCGCGAACCCAAGUCCGGUGGACAAUCAAGGCCAUGGUACUCACACUGCAUCAACAGCAGCCGGAGCAAUGGUGAGGGGUGCAAGUCUUUAUGGCAUUGGCAAAGGCACAGCACGUGGCGGUGUCCCAUCUGCACGUAUUGCAAUGUACAAGGUUUGUUGGAGCAUUGGAUGCAGUGACAUGGACAUGCUUGCUGGUUUUGAUGAGGCUAUUGCUGAUGGUGUCAACUUAAUAUCAGUGUCCAUAGGUGGACCCUCACGUGACUUUUUUGCUGACCCAAUUGCUAUUGGAGCAUUUCAUGCUAUGAAGAGAGGUGUUCUCACUUCUUGCUCAGCUGGAAAUGAUGGUCCUCGACCUAUGUCUGUUGAAAAUGUUGCUCCUUGGAUUUUGACUGUUGCUGCUUCAACAGUUGAUAGAAAAUUCACCACACAAGUAGCCUUUGGUGAUAGAAAGAAUGUUACUGGACUAUCUAUUAAUACAUUUUCCCCUGAGAAAAAGAUGUAUCCACUGACUAGUGGUCUUCUUGCUGCUAACCUUAGUGGAGAAGGCUAUGGAAAUCCUAGUGGUUGUGAUUAUGGGACUCUAAAUAAGGAUAAGGUGAUAGGGAAAAUAGUGUAUUGUACUGAGGGUACAGGUAGCCCAGACUUGACCAUUAAAGAGUUAGGAGGAGCAGGAACCAUAGUAGGAGUUGUAGAUGAAGAUGAAGCUUCCUAUGCUACAGUUAUUCCAGGGGCAUAUGUUGAUAUGUACACUGCAGGCAAAAACAUUGAACUCUAUAUUAAUUCCACAAAGAAUCCUCAAGCUGUGAUAUACAAGACAACAAGCACUAAUGUCCCUGCCCCAUAUCUUGCUUCUUUUUCAUCUAGAGGUCCUCAACAAAUCACCCGCAACAUACUCAAGCCUGACUUGGCUGCCCCAGGACUUGACAUACUAGCUGCUUAUUCCAAACUGGCAUCAAUAACAGGGUACCCUGAAGACACCCGUUUUGAUGUUUUUAACAUCAUAUCAGGAACAUCCAUGGCAUGUCCACAUGCCACUGCAGCUGCAGCCUAUGUUAAAUCCUUUCACCCUGACUGGAGUCCUGCUGCCAUUAAAUCUGCCCUCAUGACCACUGCUACUCCUCUUAAAGUCAAUGGCAAUUUUUCAGAACUGGGAUCAGGGUCAGGACAAAUUAGCCCAGUAAAAGCAUUGCAUCCUGGUCUAAUUUAUGACAUUAGAAUGAACUCUUAUAUUUCCUUCUUAUGCAAGCAAGGCUACAACAGCACUAGCAUUGGUAUCCUCAUUGGCAGCAAAAAUUUCAAUUGCACCAGCGUUAAGCCUGCACCAGGCACUGAUGGACUCAACUACCCUACCAUGCAUAUCCAGCUAUUGAGUCCCAGUUCAAGAAUUUCUGCAGUUUUUUACAGGACUGUGACAAAUGUAGGAUAUGGGGCUUCAACGUACAAGGCUAAAGUCACAGCUCCUAAGGGUCUUUCAGUGGAGGUCAUCCCAGACACAUUGAAGUUUAGUCGGUUGCACCAAGACUUGUCAUUUAAGGUUGUCCUGAAAGGGCCUCCAAUGCCGGAUGAGACACAAACAUUAUCCGCAUCACUUGAAUGGAAUGACUCUCAACAUAGUGUCAGAAGUCCAAUAAUUGUCUUUAAGCCAACAUUGUGAACCAAAACCCAUAUUGGACAUAUUUCAUAACCUAGGGAUUUAAGUUCAAGAGGAUUUUUUUCAUAUUGUGUACAUUUCAAUCAGUUAUUUGCUUUAGCUUAAUGAAAAAGAAAUUUAGGUGCACAAAUGAUUCUAUUCACUCAGUCCUAGUAAUGGCCAAUAGUACUCCAUUCACGUAUCAUCAUUUAUCCUUGGAGCUAGAAAAAGUGAAAAAUAAACAAUGAGGUUAUAGUUUAUUAAUUUAUAAAAGGCUAGUAACUGGCUAUAAAACGUAAGAGAAUGCACAGGCAUGACAUCAAAGCCAUUGUGCUCAUGCACUUAAACCUACAUAACUGCAUUUUGAGCUCAAUACCAACAAUUUCUAUUUCAGUUGAAGGAGGUUCUCAAUUCUCGAGUAAAAGCAAGAAGUAUAAAAUAUACAAGGUUAUCCUUAUAUGAUAUAUUGUGUAUCCAAAUUUUGGGAUUAAACUGCUUAGAGACAUCUCUGGAAGUUUGAUGAAAUCCGGAUCCUAAUAAAAAAAAUUGUCCAGCUUGAACACUUUAAGGAACCAACUCCCCAGGAGGUAAAAAAAAUCCC